CAUAACUCAUUAAAUAUUAUCAAAGUUCACGAAACAUGUUAUCUGAAUCUGAUUCAGGUCAGAUGAAGAUCCACGAAGUCCCGAGAGUAGAAAGACAUGCUCCCCUGACGAUGAAACUAAUUCUCAAGGAGGUUCACCAGACCUUGCACCUAGUAGACAGUCAGGGAUGAUGGGCGGGGCAGAAUCACAGAAAAUGGAGCUAGAAAGGCAGUUAACAGCUAGAGAUGUUGAACUAGAAGCCAUAAGCGAGGAUGAAGAUGUUGUGUCUGACAGUGACUAUGACACGCAGUCUGAAUAUGAAGAUACCGAUGAAGCUGAACAAGAAAACGAUGGUAAUGAUGCAAGCGCCGCAGGUGUAUCUGUAUUUGCAAGUAAAGAUGUAAAGGCCAAAGGGAAGAAAAACGUAAAGGAAAUCAAGGCAAUUGGAAAGGCAAAGUCAACAACUUUAUUGAACAAAGACGCUAACAAAAAAAUCAAUGCUACAGUAGCUUUAGUGCAUACAGAAGAUCCAUGUAGUGAUAAAAUUGCAAAUAAUAAUGAAAAUAAUGAUCGAGAUUACAACAAAAGUGCAAAUGGAGAUGUAGCUCCCGAUGAUGAUUGGGGCGAAGACAAUAAAACGGUUCACUUUGGUAUAAAAAAUGGUAAAUUCAUCAAAGGUGCACAACCAAAUAUGAAGUCUAAACAACAGCCUUUACAAUCAACAAAUGGCACAAGAAAAAGCAUGGUAAAAAUAGAUAAUGAUUGGGAUGAUGACUUAAGUAGCUCAAUUAAUGACCCAACCAGCAAUACAGAUGCAAUGGCAAGAGUAGAAGUUGAUGACUGGGGCAGCCCAAUUGAUGACAAAACUAAAAAUACAAAUAUGCGUGCAGUGUCAAAAGGUAAGUCAAACAUGUAUACAAAGACAAAUGUUCCAAUAACAGCAACAGACGAAAAUAACUGGGACGAUGUCGUAACAGAAGAAAUAUUUACUCUUAAAGGAAGUAAAACAAUUUUGCCAACAAGGAGCAAGCAAAAUUCAACCAGGACAAACGAAUAUGAACUUAAGUCUUUAAAUUUAAAAGCGAGUCGAAGUAGUAGUUAUGAUGACAAAGCUUUGAACAAAGAGCUCUACAAUGGCGAUCCACUUAAAAGAAUAAAAGGAAUAAAAACACCAAUUAACGAGUUGGAAGAUGAUGAUGACUGGGGCACAGAUGUAACUACAGAAAAUAUCAAAGGACCUAUCAGUGUCUCCGCAAAAGCAACACAUCUAGGCAAAAUGCCAAGUAAAUUCAAAACGACCGUCUUACAAACACAAAAUAAAAAUGAAAGUCACGAGAUUUUGAAGUAUAAUUAUAAAAGCAAGGGUGAAGCAUUUAAUGGUACAGAGAACAAAACAGAACAUGGUGGUAGAGAAACAAGAUUCAUCAACAAUGCUUCAAAUAUUGGACAGCACACAAGAACUACAUCACGAAAAGUUCAAGAAAUAGCUCACAAUCCUCAGAUAACAGAAAAUCAGUCAAAAAGCAAUAAAGCUAAGACUCAAGAGAAAGAAAAAGGAAUUACAAAUACAAAAGGUCAAUCAGGCAAUCAAUUUAGCAACUUCAAUCGAGAUACAAAUCAAAGCCUAGUUGUCCCUAAAAAGGAAAUGGGAAGAAAUCAACAGUCUCUUCAAGAUCAACAUAUUAUAGGGUCACAACAAAACACUUUAAAUGUUAAAACUGGUAAUGCUGAACAGAAGACCAGGUUCUUCAUUGAAGAUGAAAUCGAUGAUGUUAAAUUACCAAAUGACAAUAUUCAACGUCCAGACAGCGAACCACCAGGGAAGAAAAUCUCAACAAAGGCAUGGUUACCACAGCCAAACAAUGAUGGCAUAAAAUCUGGGAGAAAAACUCCAGUGAAAGCUUUUCCAAAAGUACAAAGCUGGACAGCUAUAGAAAUUGAACCAGUCCUUGGUUCAGACAGACUUGAAAAGAAAUUUCCAUUUCUCAGUAUUGAUAAUAUCAAUGCUGAAAAGACAAGACAAAUUGGCUCAUCAUCCAGUAACCACCUCGAUAAGAAUGUUAGUGACAGUGAGCUUACAAAACCAUCUUUUAAUGAAAGUACCAGCUAUCCAUCUGUACCUAAAAGAAUCAGCGAAGGGGAUGUGCUCUCAAAUCUUGUAAAAACAAAAAUUGAGCCUCAAGAUAAAAUAUUUUAUGGUUUCGGAACGGGUCGAUUUCGAAAUAUGGCUGCUGCAUGGAUUAGUAAAUUUCGGUCCAAGAAGAAUCCAGUAAAAACAGCUAAUGUUGCAUGGUAAAAAUGGAAACUUCUGU